AUGGCCACCCAGUACUUUCCAUCCUCUUUGGGCUCUGUUAGCCAGUCCAGGAUCGAAUCCGUGCUGGAGAACGAUCGUAGCGUGCGAUUGGCUGCAGGGAACGAAUCUAGCUGGACAUCGCAAGUCAUCGGUGACACGGGAGACAUAGUCGCACAGCUCCCAGCCCAUUACUAUGAGCACCUACAAGCAUUCUUCUGGAGAGAAAAGGCGAUAAGGCUGGUGCUCCAGUUCCAGGAGGAGCUCGAGGUUCAAGACCGGCUCAAGGCCAAUCUAACCUUGAUACUCGUUUAUAUGGACAGGGUCUUCACUCAGAUGGUCAGGGAAGCCAAAUCGACCAAGAGGGAUGCUCGUGUGCCUGACUGGCGCAGCCCUACAUUCGACAAUUACAUUCUGAUCGAAUAUCACGUGGAGCGUCAUGAACCAGAGAUGGUCAGGGAGUAUAGGCGGAAGAACAACUACAACAUCAACAUGCAGAGCAUCGAAGACAUCAACUGGCAAGCACACGAGGACACCCUCGGCGAGAUCUGGUAUGGAAGUGCCACUCAGUUCAAGAUGGAGGAGAAGUACAAGACUCUGGACGUUGCACAGAGGCUGCUGGAUGUUAUGAUUGAAUUUUAUGAUCCCAUCGUGGAGGAGGAUCCCGAUUUUGGAUACACGUAUAAAGAGCACUUGGAGGAGGCAGGGGAAGUGAAACCGCUCAAGAGGCACAUGCCGGGGCCCAGAGUAUUCAAGCGGGUGAAUAAGAAGGGGCCUGUGCUGCCUGACGACGAGGAAGUUUAG